GUUACUUUUAGUUUACAAGGUCGAACAAGUAACUUAAUUUUAAGAAUCGAAAUAGUGUUUGUAAGACCUGGCUGUUGUUAGUUUAGGCAUGUUUAUGUAAUACGGUACACACAGUCUUUGGUACACAGCAACCGUGUGUGUGACAAGAGCCGUCCUCUCAGUAUCUUCACUUUUGGACACGUGACAGUUCAAGUGAAAGGAGGCCAUGUCUCUGUUGUCAGUCUGAGGCGCGCAGAAGAUGAACAUGAAGACAAGAAGCGGAAUUCUCCUCCUUCAUCUGCGGAUAUCUCUUUGUACAACCAGAGUCAUCCAACCCAAAUCUGGGAAAUACUGAUAUGUUCAACAACAGCAGCAGGCCUAUCAGCGCAGCCGAGGCAACGGACUACACGUGUGUGCGUUUCUACGUGUCUGCGCUGUCCUUCUCAGUACUGCUCUUCUUCAACCUCAUCAUCAAUUGGACCAUCAUCCGCGUGGAGAGGCUUCGGACCCACGCGCGCUUUGUGCUGCUCUUUCACCUUCUUGUCUCGGCGCUGCUCCACCUGGGCACGAGUUCGGUUUUCUAUUUACAGAUGCACCGGCACGCACAGCUGCACCACUCCGCGUGCGUGGCUAUAGUCACUGUGCUCAUCAGCAGCGCGUCCAACAUCCUGCUAACGCUCACGGCCAUGGCGCUUGACCGCUACUGCGCCGUGUGUCACCCUCUGCGCUACACUUCUGCGCGCGCCUGUGCCCUGUGGCCGUGGCUGUGUGGCGCGUGUACGUGGGUCAUAGCUCUGGUCAUUCCUCUGAGUUUGAUACAGCCGUCCGAGCGCUCUGCCAGCCCCAGCGGAGAGUGCGGCCAUAAGCAGCUGCGUAAAGGCGAGCUGCACAAGGUACUUUUCCUGUCCGCGUGCACGCUGCUCAUCCUCUACAGUUACGCACGGAUCCUGGUGGAGACCCGGCGUCUGGGGGUGUUAAAUAGGCGCAACAGGAAGGGUUGUCGGACAAUAGCACUGCAUGGCUCACAACUGGCCGUGUACAUCCUCCCAAACUUUGUCAACUUUAUUCUGUCUUUGCUUCUCACAUAUAAGCUGAUCAGACCGGACACUAAGGAACUGUCUGCUGUGGUUAUAUUUGUCUUUUUUAGUUUGGCGCAAUGCAUUGCGCCAGUGGUCUAUGGUUUGCGCAAAGAGGAGCUAAUGGAGGAACUAAGUCACAGGUUUCCGUGCUGUAUAGGGCAUCUAAAGAGAGUUCUGGGAUGGACUGUGAUGGCCACCUGGACCCCACGUCAGCAGAGAGCAAGGGAGCGGACGCUGACCGCUCAGACCAUUGUGUCACUGGAGAUCCCCGAGGCCCCGCGGCCAGAGCUACAGGAUCAGACGGGGCCCAUGCUGAGACCAGGUCCCUCGGGUGAACUGCAGGCAGAGGACGCAGCUCAGUGUUUGGACCUAAACCUCAAUGAUGGACAAUGAAGACAUAUCUGAGACAUUUUGAAUUCUUGCAGUUUUUUUCUGGCUGGUCCAGACGUAUCUGCAUACUGUCUAAAAGGGACGUGAGAAAGAACCAACGGCAAAUGCUUGAAUCAAAGUUUGGAAGGGAAUUUCUCACAGAGCUCUCAGGCUGUGGUAACUGCACAAAGGCUGAUUUUGCAUCUGUGCGUGUAAGUUACAGUCAUCCCGGACCCGCGCUUUACUCUGGAAGCGCGAGGCUGCAGAAGUGAAACCGACAUGCAAGUUUAAAAACAGCAAAUGUACGAGAUGAUGCAGAUAGACGCCUUUAAGGUUUAACAGAGCAAUGUUUAUUCGUAUUUAAAAGGUUACAAAAAGAAGUCAAAGGAAUUGUUCUUAUUAACAGCUACAUUUACAGGCAAUGUUUGUAUACAGUGGAAGGCAACAAUGCAUUUUCAUUUCAGACACCAAAUAUAAAUAAAUAUGUAAUAAAUGUGGAGGCAACCCAGCUCACA